AUGGGUUCGGUCCGUGGGACCUCGACACUCCCAAAACGAUGUUGUGCGGAUGUUUUUGCGGCGGUCGAAGAAAAGCAUGAACAAUGUUUGGAGGGAAUGACGAGAGAUGAAAUGAAAAAACGAGAUCCCCAUGGUCAGACUGGGCUGCAUAUUGCUGCGAAAAUCGAUAAUUUCGAGGCGAUUAAAUAUUUCUGUUCAGCUCUUCCCGAACUUCGCGAUGUCUCAUCGAAUAUUGGAGAAAUCCCAGCUCUCAUUUCUGCGGGUGUUGGAAGUCUGCGAAGCAUGGAAACGAUUUUGCAAGGAAACUCGAAAGAAGCGACAAAAAUGGCCAUGCAUAGGGAUAUCAACGGCACAUCAAGUUUAAUGGCAGCUGUGGCUCGCGGUGACAAUGAAAUGGCUUUUUUGUUGUUGAAAAGAUUUGGAAAGCCAUUGGCAAUGCUUCCGAACAAGGCUCAAAUGAUCCCAUUACACGUGGCUGCUGCUCAAGGCAACAUUGAGUUCAUUCGGAUCGCAACAAAAUAUGGAAGUGAGAUGGUACAUUCGAGAGAUGAAUUUGGUUGCACCCCAUGUGUCUACGCUGUUCAGGGUGGAUGUCUAAGCAGUGUGAGAUAUUUGGUGGAAAAGGCGCAUUCUGAAGUCGGAUCGGUUUCCAAUAGAGGCCAAUCUCUUCUUCACAUUUCAUGUCUCUCUGGUCAUGAACACAUUACUCGUUGGCUUUUGGUGAGAAUGGGAUCUGACGCGGCAUUGUGGACAACAAAUGAUCAAGCAAAUGCUAUUCAUUGUGCUUCUUUUGCCGGAUCAGUUCCUGUGUUAACUGUUCUUCUCUCGGAAUGGUCUCGCCGUAAACGAUCCCAUGUUUUAUCAUUGAGAGACUCUCGUGGUAACACUCCUCUUCAUCUCACCGCCAUCAACAAUCAUAUGGAUUCGGCCUUAUAUUUGCUGGAGAACGGGGCUGAUCCAGUUCUCGUGAAUGGGGCUGGUCAUGCCGCACAAGCAAUCGCCAAUCUGCGAGGGCAUCAUGAUAUGGCUAGAUUGUUAGCAGAACAUUCGGAUUUGAAUAGAAGCAAAAAACGAUCUGCAAAGAAGUCAAAGUCAGCUGCAGACCUUCGCGUUGUCAGCCCGACAAGCUCUACACUUCCAAGUCCGAUCGACAUGGAUAGAACUGCUCGCCGAGAGCCAAAGAGAAUAAGUCAACGAAUGAACAGCCCACUUCAAAUGAGCAGCGGAUAUGACAGUAGCGGAGCAAGUGAAGCUGGAGUGGAUAUUGUUGAGAGAAGACCAAUGAAAUAUAUUGAAGAUGACGAAGGAAUUCAUAGCUCAUCACCAUCAUUGGAAGCAAAAAAGGAUCAAGAGGCACAGACUGAAAUUGAUCAUCUCACUGAUCAUAUUAAGGUUCUUGAUGAUCGUGAAUGGAGUGAUGCUGUGGCUCAUAUUGAUCGUGUAUUGGAAGAAGUGGGACAAUCACAUGUCACUGUC